UGAAACUCAGGAUAUCCAGGUUUGGUAAUGAGAAGGGACAGAAUAUAACAAAAUCCUUGCACAAAUCAGAACCCACGUGAAAUAUGCGGCUUCAGGUCAGAUGAGUCGUGACGUGUCCACGCCUCUGCGUCCACAGAACGCAGCACAGGUGUGCGCGCCUGAGUGGCCUGAGAAAGGAGAGGAGUGGAGUGAUGGAGAGGAUGGCACGGAGAUGGACUGCGGACUUCUGCAGGCCAUGGCUGAGGAGGACGAGGAGAUCAACGUCUACAAUGAGGAGACGUUUGGGAUGGAUCUAGAUUCACAUGGAACCACUGAUGGACACGGUGACGACCUUCAGUUUGGGAAACCGUCGCCUCCAACGCCACCACCAGACCCCAAACCUCCGUCCCCUCGCAGAGUCCCCUCCCCUCGCAGAGUCCCCUCCCCUCCCAGACAGAAGCCACAGUAUUUGCCCCGGACUGCCCCAGGGCAUCCUGGCAGAUUCCGGGGACAGAGGGGAGGGCUGGGCAGGGGCCAGAUGUUCGAGGACCCAGCUGUGAUGAGGAUAGUGGAGGGACGACCGAGCCUCAAGAGUCUUGACAGUGCCAUAGUGGACUAUGGGAGCGCCAUGUACCGGAGCAACUUUGAGUAUGAUAGGUUGUCACCAUCUUACAGAAAGACCAGAAGAAUCUCAGGAUCAGUACUUCAGGAUAGUGCUAUAGUGUGUGUGAUUGGUCACAGAGGCAGAGGUCAACACCUGAACUCCAGCUUCAUGGAUUUGCCGUAUCCUGCCUCCACCUUCCGGGGCAGGAGGGCAGAACCCAGAGGAUCCUUCGCCAGGAGGCAGUUUGGCCAUAGAGGGCCAUCUCAGAUGCAUGCCCCCAUGGCACCAGUGUCUCCCGUCUUCUCCCGUCAACCUCUGACCCCACGACAGCUUUACAACCAGACAGGGGGCUUCAUGUUUCCUCCCAACCAGCCAUGCCCCUCCACCCCUCAGCCUCUGACCCCCAAGAUGAUGCAACUUCGCUUUGGCGCCAACUCGCCGAGGCCGUCGCCCUUCUACAGCCCCUCGUCUAAUCCAGUGCAGCAUCUCAGGUACCCUGGUCCUGUCACACAGCUCCAUCCCCAACAUAAACGACUACUCAGUCAAAAACAACACAUGUUCCAAAGAAAGUCGGAGGGCUGGGAUCCUUACUGCAAUUUAAUGACGGGGAAAGAGAAGGAGUGGAUCAUCCGCCUGCAGAUGAUUCAACUGCAGAGUGAGAAUCCUUACCUGGAGGACUACUAUUACCAGGAGUACUAUCGCCGAAAAGAAGCCAAGAUGGCCGAGGAGGAGCUGGGCAUCAGGAGCAAGAGGGAGCCCCCCAAACUCACCACUCCAUACAUCACAAAAACAGACUCCUACACACCAGUGGUGCACAUCGAAGGCUCUCUGGGUCAGGUUGCUGUGUCCACAUGCUACUCUCCUCGUCGGGCCAUCGGUGCAGUUCAUGCUGUCCAAGCUCAGAGUCCACACGAGGAACAAAAAGACACCAGGCAGCAGCGGUUAGAGAUCCUCAGCAAAAUAGAAAAGCUGUUCAUAGUUCUGUUGGAGGUGGAGGAAACGGAGAGGAUGAAAACCACAGUCCUGUCUGAAGCAGAAGAAAAAAGGUUUAUGGAGAAAAGUCAGAGGAAAGUGGCGCACAUCUACUCUCAGCUGCAGCACCACCCAGAUUCAGGAGGGGAGUUUCUUCCUUUCCUGCUCGUCUCAAAAGGCAAAAAGCUCGUCGCCCGUCUGCUGCCGUUCCUCCAACGCGACUCUGCGCUGAAAGUCUUGUGCAUCGUGACCUCUAACCUGCCGACGCUCAUGAGCAGAGAUUCAGAUGAGGCCCUUCCGGUGCUCUACCCUCCUCUCCGAAAUGUGAUCAGUGGCCUGACGUUCAGUCAGCUCAUCAGCCUCCUCAAAGAUUUGACGUCAUCGGAGUCUCUGAUGACGUACGAGUGUCUUACGUUGGCCUGCCAGAACAAGUUCGGACUGUCCUUGUUGUACGCUCUGCUGUCCCACGGAGAGAAGCUGCUGUCCUCAGGUGUCCCUCUGGAGCCCAGCAUCGGUGACUUUGAGACCUGGACUGACGUGAUCUUUCAGGUGGCUGGACAGCUGUCUCAGUGUUCACUGGUGGAGCCGCUGCUCCUGCCUUCAAACCUGCUCACUCUAUUCUGCAGAUACCUGGACAAACGUACGGUGCAUCAGCUGAAAAGCAACAUGGAAUCUGCGACUGGAUUCCUGGCUCUUCCAUCGUAAUGUGGGCGGGAGCUGAGACGUUCAGCUGAAGACCAGGUCGUGAUGAGCGCUAGAGUGGAAUGAGCAGAAGCACAAAAACUCCUCAAUGCUCAUAGCAGAAGCCAUAUAAUGUGCUCUGACCUUUUGAUUCUUAGUCCUUCCCCACCCCUCAUCCCUUCACAUUUUUGCACUCUCAAACUGUUUCCCUUUUCUUUCUUUCCUUUAUCUGAUCUUUCUACUUUCCUCCCUUUGGUCUCCAGUAUCAAUAUAAGCUUCUCUCAAAUCACAGAACUUAAUUUUUUGUUUUUUACCUAAAUACCUAACACAAGUCAGAUUACUGUCUGUCUUUCAUCAUAUUUACAUGCAUUCAUUUCCAAAUGUGCUCUUGAAACUCCAUUACAACACAUUUGGGACUAUUUAAGUGUGCUGGAUCCGAUAUGGUGACCAGGUUGAGGAUUGUGUUGUAAUUUAUGAUUGUAUAGCUGAACCUAUAUGUUGAUUAUUACGAUAAUAACCAUUUAAGGAAGUUGUCCUGGCAUGGCCCAACAUGCGCCAUGCAGUUUUGGGUUUUUUGUAAAAUAAAAAAAAAAGCAUGCAUUGUGUAUACAUGUGUAGUGAUACUAAAUAGGAUGUGUUUGAUCUAAUUGUCCAUCUUAAAAGUUUCAGUUGUGAAGAGAUUUUUGUUAAUUGUAUUUAUUUGGAAACAGGAAUUAUUUAAAUUGCACCCUUGUAGAGCACUUGCAAUAUGAAUAAAAAAAAAAAAAUCU